AUGGAUGUUGUCUUCAAGGAAGGGAUAUUUCCCUUCAAAUAUCCUAAACACAGGUUCCUAGUGAUUCCUGAUCCAACUCCCAGUCACCUUGUUUCAGAUAUAUUUCCACCUUCCAACAUAACACCAGAACCUUCUGCCACUAAUGAACCAGAAGUUCCUACUCUUGAUCUUUCAAAUGAUUUAACAGAUUCACCUACUCCUUCCUCUGAUUCCCCUGCUAACUCUCCGGUUGUUCCAACCCAAUCCUCCUCCUAUAUUCCCUCUUUGCCUGCAGAAUCAUCAUCUGACAUUCAUGAUGCAUCAAAUUCACACGCAAGUGCUAUCCCAGUUACCUACCCCACACAAGUUAGGAAGUCAGGUAGGGUCUCUAAACCUCCUAUCUGGCUGACUGACUAUGUUCAUCCUUCUCUACCUUCUACAUCUGCUUCCACUUCAUCACUCUAUCCUAUACAUCAGUUCAUUUUCUAUUCUCAUCUUUCACCUACUUUUCAAUCCUUCCUAGCCUCUUUUUCUUCUGAUAUUGAACCAACAUCUUUCUCACAAACUGUCAAAGAUGACAAGUGGAUCAAGGCUAUGAAACUUGAGAUUGAGUCAUUAGAACAAAACAACACUUGGGAGGUAGUGACUCUGCCUCCUAGCAAAGUCCCUAUAGGAUGUAAAUGGGUAUACAAAAUUAAAUACAAUGCUGAUGGCACAGUGGAAAGGUUCAAGGCAAGACUAGUGGAAAAGGGGUAUACUCAACAGGAAGGGAUUGACUUUCAUGAUACCUUCUGUCCUGCGGCCAAGAUGACUACUGUAAGAACUGUCAUUGCAGUUGCUGCGCUAGACAAUGGCCAAUCUAUCAAAUGA